UGUCACAAUCUGACCUGUGGAUAUUAAUCUGGCCACAGCUGCUCACAAACCAGAUGGCAAGGUCAAGAGGACCAGCACAGUAAGAUGUGGAAGAGAAUUGACCAUCAAUCCAAGAUCAAAGCAGGGGAUGGAACUCAGGCGGGUCAGUUCAGGGAACUAGGUUCAGCUCGGGAACCUGCCAUGCCGCACCCUCUAGAGCUAUCAGAAUUCCAGAGCUUCCCAGUGUUCGAGGACAUUAGCCACCACAUUAAAGAAGUGGGGGCCCAACUGGUAAAGAAAGUCAAUGCCAUCUUUCAGCUGGACAUCACCAAAGAUGGAAAGACCAUUCUGCAGUGGACCAUUGAUCUGAAGAAUGGUUCUGGGGAUAUGUAUCCAGGAUCCGCCAGGCUCCCAGCAGACACUGUCUUUACAAUCCCGGAACCUGUCUUUAUGGAGUUGGUUUUGGGCAAAAUGAAUCCUCAGAAGGCUUUCCUUGCUGGCAAGUUCAAAGUGAGUGGCAAAGUUCUGCUUGGCCAGAAGCUGGAGAGGGUUUUCAAAGACUGGGCUAAAUUUUAAGGAUGCAAAAACACCCAGAAAGUGAUCAGAACUUCUUCUGCUUAUAAUGUUGAGCAAAAAUCAUGCUUAAACUGAAGAUUAAAACAAAAAGCUUCCAAUAUUUUUACUCAAA